AUGACUGACAACCCAACUGGCAUCUGCUACCGCAAAUGUCUCUCCCCCUCCUCCUCCUUCCCCGCCCCUCUCUUCGACGCCCUCUCAGCCUACUUCCACCUCACCCAGGCCCUCCACUACCCUCCGUCAUCCAUCGUCCUCCUCGGCGAGUCCGCCGGGGGCCACCUCUCCCUCUUACUAUCCCAAUAUCUUCACCAGCUCGGCUUGCCCCAGCCCGGUUCUAUCGCCCUGUCAUCACCUUGGUCCGACUGGUCCCCUUCUUAUCCCUCAUAUGCCGAGAAUGAGCGAUACGAUUCUGUGUGCAUGCCGAGGUUACGAGGUGCUGUCUUGUCCGCUACCCGGUACUUUGAGCGAGAGGCGUUAAAAAGCCCGUGGUUUUCUCCCAGCAAAGCGUCUCCAGGACAUUGGACGUAUUUGCAAGAAGAAGGGGUGGGUGUGUAUUUGCAGUAUGGCGGGAGAGAGGCGAUGCGGGAUGAAAUUGCUGUCUUGGGGGAGAUUAUGAAGAGAGAUGGGGUGAGGGUGAGGGUACGAGAGGAUGUGAACGGAGUCCAUACUAGCGCUCUGACAAAUGGAGGGGCGAGGAAGAUGUUUGAGAAGGAUUUGGUGGAGAUGUUGAGCGAUGGGGAUGGUGCGGAGGAUAGGGCAUGAUCCUUCUUCUCUCCUCGUAUCGGCCUUCUCUCCUUCUGUCCGCGCUGGACGCCGAACGAGCAAGGACGUUGACACUCGCUCGAAGCUUUGGUGUCCGAAUGUAGGAAUGGCCACCCUUGGUCCUGUGCCAACCAGCCAUCACACUCAUCAGUCGCAAUCGCG